AUGGCCAAGUCAAAGAACCACACAAAUCAGAACCAGAAUAGAAAAGCACACAGAAAUGGAAUCUACAAGCCAAAGGACUGGCAGAAACUUCCAACCAGAGGUGUACCAGCAGCAGCACUGAAGGAGACCAGAGAUGAACUGAAGCAGUUAUACCCAGUGGGCAAGAAGAAGCUGAUGUCCUUUGAGGAGAGGUACGCAAAGGAAAUGGAAGAUUCAGCAAUUAAGAGAAGAAGAAUGAUAAAAUCCAUUGGAAUCAGAAAGAUGGCCCUCAACGGAAUUUACUUAUAAGAAUUCCUGGUUAAAUAAAUAACUAUAACGGU